AUGAGUGACUCUUCAGACAUCACUGCAAACGCUUCCAACACUCGCAACACAUCACCAGAUGGUGGACACAAAGUGGUCUUCAAGAAGAAGACUCGUUUUGGUCAACAAAGGCGUCAAAUGAAGACCAAUACUGAAGACGAGUCGCAAGUGUUGGGCGAAGAAGAAGACGACGAGUGGAAGCGUUUGCAUGAAUUGAAACAAACACAACACCUGAGGAAGAGAUCCAAUAAAGGCAUCGAUAUCUUAGAGUUGACUCAAAACCCUAUUGUUAUCACGAAUACCAAUAAGACUGAGAUCAAGGGUGGCAUCACUUCCGACGUGAAGACAUUGACCAAUGAAUUAGAUUUGGGAAACACUUUCUCUGUGGAGACCAACCGUAGAGACGAAGACACGGAUCUAAUGAAGUACAUCGAGGAAGAGCUCUCGCGACGCAAAGGCAAACAACUCGCCAACACUGACAACAAGUCUUCAGUGCCGGUCAAUGUGUCCAAUGAUAUGAACGUAUUGUUCGAUGUAUUGCCCGAACAUCUGAUCCAAACAAACGCCAAAAAGAGCGAAGAAAUGCUUUCAAAUCAAAUGCUUAACGGAAUCCCAGAAAUAGAGUUAGGAUUAGAAGAGAAGAUUCGAAACAUUGAGGCGACAGAAGAGGCAAAGAGUAAACUAAUGGUGAAGAGGAAUAACAGAUGGAAUGAGGGAAACGCGUCUUCAUUUGUUCCCAACAAUAUAGCCGUUUGUUUUGUUCAACACAAUCGCUAUAAUCUGCCGGAAGACGUGCCGCGACUCAGCACUGCUCCCAAACGGGUUCGGGUGGACGACAGACAACAGACACAGACAUACGUCGACGAACCGGUGGUUGUGAUCGGCGACGAACCCAAACAAAAGGCUAUCUUACAGAACAACGGUUCCGAUCGAAACCACAACAAGUUUUACGGCAAAGACAAGGCGUCCGACGAUUAUAUUUUCGAGAAAUUCAAGAAACAAUUUCGAAAGUUUUGA